AUGGUCUGCACUACACUACACUACACUGUACUUAUUAGUAUUAGUAUUAGUAUUAGUAUUAGUAUUAGUAUUAUGCACCUGUCAAAAAAUAAUAAGCAAGAAAGAAAGAAGGGCUGUAUUGUAUUGUAUUGUAUUGUAUUGUACUAUGAGGAUAAGCUUGUUGAAAAGUUGACGUUUACAGCUCUGGUCGGUUGUUCCAAGGAUAUAUUCUGGGAAGACAGAACACCGAUGAUGCAAGGGCGAGGUGGUCUGGAAGAAGAUGGGCUAGAUGAAGAGGAGGAAGAUUCUGAAGCAGACGCAGACGCAGACGCAGACGCAGACGCAGACGCAGACGCAGACGCAGACGCAGACGCAGACGCUGAUGGAGAUGUAGAGAGUUCAUGGGGCUGGUUGGGGUUUCCUGGCCAAUAA